AUGAAGCACGCGAAGAAGCUUGGCAAAUUGAUGUGCAAUGGCGGGGACGCCGAGUUUUGUUCGGAAUGGCUGGGUCCAAAUAAGCCUGCGGCGUGGGCAAGGCUUACCAUACUCGAGCUUGUGCAUGGACCCCUUUCAAAGGAGUUAGGACACACCAUCAUCCUCAAUGUAACUGUCUCUGUGGCUUCGGUUCCUCUUCAAGUGUCGGCUCCUUAUUCGG